AUGCAGCUUACUCCUCUUGUUCUCCUUACUGGCCUUCUCGGCAGUGUCGCUGCCCACCCUUCGGGUCAUGCUCACAUGCACCGUAUGGUUCAUGUCUCUGAGCGUGGCCUGCCGUUCGUCAAGAAUGUUCACAACCGCCCGACAGCUGAGCCCAAGACUACCGCGGAGCCAGCCCCUGCUUCCACGCAGGCUCCUGAGCCGAAGGCUACCAUCCAGUCCACCAAGCAGACAGAGUCCGAGGUCAAGGGCUUCUGCGGUAGCAGCACUGGCCUUCUCGAUAGUAAGGCCAAGCGUGUGACGAUCGCCCAGGUCAUGUAUACCGGAAAUCUCGGUACCGACAACGGCUGCGAAUGGGGCUCUAACCUUAUGGUGGUGUCGAACGAUGUCGCCCACAAGUACAAAUACGUGCAGAAGUACACCAAUGUCGACGACAAGCCCUACCAGGUUGUUUGUGGUAACAAGAUGGGCGCGGACCGUCAGCUUACCGGCAUGUUCAAAGUCAAGGGUCAAAAUAACCUCAUCUUCACUCUCGCUCCUGGCGAGACCAAGGCCGUUGUUGCCGAUGAGAAUACUCAGGGUGUGUGCGCUUUCGCCCCCUAUGAGGUUCCUCUUACUUCUCAUGGCCAAUACGCUGGUGUCUGGGCCGAGUUUGAUUUUGGCAACACCAGCAACAAUGGCUGGUCUGGUGCCGACUGCUCUUCUCUGGUUGCACAGGCCUACAACAUGGACGUUCCCGGCUGCCGCAUGUCUCACGGCGGCGUUAAUUCCGACAUCCUUCCCGGCGGCAUUGGCAACAACGCAUAUACCAAGGGCAUGGAGGAGCUGGACGGCAUUGGCCUCAACAUUGUUCCUGGUCCCUGCACGAUUGAGGUCAAGGUUGGCUUCUCUGGUUAA